AUGAUCCACAUCAAAGUCCUGCUUGUCCUCACAGCCUUGGCCUUCAUCUGCCAUGCACAACGAAACCAGGCCGGACAGCAGUGUUUAUGCGGCAACUUUAGAAACAGGGUAGAUGCGCGGAGUAACAUAUCAGACAUACAGAUCUACCCCAUCACAGACUUCUGCAGCCAAAUUGAGAUUAUUAUCACAAAUAAACAAGGCGGCAGGUAUUGCUUGAACCCCCAGAAUAAGGCCCUGAUCAGGGUCCUGACUAAAUUACUCCCAAAAAAGAAUGCGCGGGAUUACGCGCUUCCGUGCGUCCGUCUGUUUCCAGGGUGCACGUCCAAAAGUCAUGGAUGUACAAACAGACCGUAUUUGCUUUUUGAGUCGGUCAUUUCGGCAUUACUGGGACCACUGGGACAGCUGCAGCUCAACCACCGGAUCUCUACUAUAGGUUUGGAUUUUCAAAGUCAAGAACAGUGGUCCUAA